AAUAAUUACAAAUAUUCAACGACCGACCGCUGCUGCUUCCCUCCUCCUCUUUUUCCUCAUUCCUCAUUUAUAGAUCCAUCUCUUCUCUCUUUCCUCCGAUCUGGGUUUAUUUUUUGAGGAAUUUGUGAGAGAAACAGUUUCGGAAUCAGAUGGCCGCUCCACCUGCUAGAGCUCGAGCCGAUUAUGAUUAUCUCAUCAAGCUUCUCUUGAUCGGUGAUAGCGGUGUGGGUAAGAGUUGCCUUCUCUUACGUUUUUCCGAUGGUUCUUUCACUACCAGCUUUAUUACCACCAUUGGGAUUGAUUUCAAGAUAAGAACUAUAGAGCUUGAUGCGAAAAGGAUCAAACUGCAAAUAUGGGAUACUGCUGGACAAGAGCGAUUUCGAACUAUCACAACUGCUUACUACCGUGGAGCAAUGGGUAUAUUGCUGGUGUAUGAUGUCACUGAUGAGUCAUCUUUCAACAACAUUAGGAAUUGGAUCAGAAACAUCGAACAGCAUGCAUCGGACAAUGUGAACAAGAUAUUGGUGGGAAACAAGGCUGACAUGGAUGAAAGCAAAAGGGCCGUCCCUACCUCCAAGGGUCAAGCACUUGCUGAUGAAUACGGGAUCAAAUUUUUCGAGACUAGUGCUAAAACAAACAUGAAUGUGGAGGAGGUUUUCUUCUCAAUUGCUAGGGACAUUAAGCAAAGACUCGCUGAAACCGAUUCAAAGGCUGAGCCUCAGACAAUAAGGAUUACCCAACCAGACCAGGCAGCUGGAGCUGCUCAAGCUGCCCAAAAAUCGGCUUGCUGUGGUUCUUGAGCAAAGCUAUUAUUAUUAUUAUUAUUAUGUGAUCAAUAUAGGAUGCCCAUAUAAUACAUCCCUUAAUUUGACACAUAUUGACACAUUAUUAUGACAAUAUUGGCGUUGCUUGUAUUAUUGCUAUUGCUCCCAUUUCUUUUUAGAUGCUACACAAUUGUGUUUUUUUUUAUUGGCAGAUCUUUAUUAAAUGAAUUAAUUUUAUUUG